AACUUUUGUCUAUAAAUUAAAUUAGACAUGGCCAUUUUGCAAUCCUCAUCUCAUGCUAUCAUCAUACAAUUUUCUUGUUCAUCCAUUAUUAAUUACCACAAUUAAUUAAAUAUGGAGUCAAUUAUCCUGUUAAUUACUCUCCUCUUAAUCCUUCUUUCAUCACUCUACUUGAUAUUAUACACCAAAAAACAACCUAAUGUUGGGUUCAAAACAUACCCUUUCAUAGGCACCCUACCACAGUUCGUAGCUAACCGCUACCGCUUCCUCGACUGGACCACCGAGGUUCUCGCUUCUACCCCAACCCACACUUCCACCUUCUUCCGCCCAGGCAAACGCCAUGGUGAUGUCAUCACCGCUUACCCUCCCAACGUUGAACACAUCCUCAAAACCCGUUUCGAAAACUACCCGAAAGGUGAUCACUCCAUCUCUCUCCUGCAUGACUUCCUCGGCACCGGAAUCUUCAACGCCGACAACCAUCUUUGGCGUCUCCAACGUAAGACUGCCAGUUUUGAGUUUAAUAAGCGUUCCCUUAAGAACUUUGUCUUAGAUGAUGUAAGGUUUGAGAUCAUAACCCGGCUCGUCCCUUUUCUAAAACAAGCAUCCGGGUCAGACCGGGUUUUUGAUUUGCAAGAUAUUCUUGAGCGGUUCGCUUUUGAUAAUGUUUGUAAGUUGGCGUUUGAUUAUGACCCGGGUUGCUUGGCGGGUCAUGGGUCGGGUGAGUCCGAGUUCAUGAGGGCUUUUGAGGAAGCCGCCACGCUUAGUGCGGGGCGUUUCUUGUACGCGCUCCCUUUUCUAUGGAAAAUCAAGAAAAUGUUUAAUGUAGGGUCGGAGAAGAGGCUAAGGGAGUCAAUCAAGACCGUCCACGAUUUUGCUGAUAAGAUCAUACGGACAAAGUUAGACGAAAUGUCACGAGAAAAUAGUAAUAAUAAUUUAAAUUACCAAGAUAUAUUGUCACGUUUUAUUUCUUCCACAGAAGAAAUUAGUGUAUUAAAACAUGAAUUCAAUUUCUUAAGGGAUGUUGUGAUAAGUUUUAUCCUAGCUGGGAGAGAUACAACGUCAUCCGGGUUAAGUUGGUUUUUUUGGUUGUUAUCAAAUAAUCCGGAUGUUUUGAAAAAGAUUCGGUCCGAAGUGGGGGAGGUCCGGGCAAGAGUAGGUAAAAAGGUCGGAGAUACAUACGAUUUUGACGAUUUAAAAGAAAUGAAUUACUUACAUGCGGCGUUAUCUGAGACUUUACGAUUAUACCCUCCUGUAUCAAUGGAUGCAAGAUCAUGUUUGGAAGAUGAUGUUUUUCCUGAUGGCACAGAAGUUAAGAAAGAUUGGUUUGUCAUAUAUAAUACGUAUGCUAUGGGGAGAAUGGAGAGCAUAUGGGGUAAGGAUUGCUUCGUUUUUCAACCCGAAAGAUGGAUUGACGAGAACGGUUUAUAUAAGCCGGAAAAUCCGUUUCGGUACCCGGUUUUUCAUGCCGGUCCAAGGAUUUGCUUAGGGAAAGAGAUGGCGUACCUACAAAUGAAGUCAAUAGUAGCUUGUGUGGUGGAACAAUUUGAUGUGGACGUGGUAGGAAAAGAAAAAUGUCCCGAAUAUUUGUUGUCAGUGACGUUAAGGAUGAAAAAUGGACUUUUUGCGCGGGUAAAAGGAAGAAAUUAUGAUGGGAUGCGCUAAAACGAUGAUCGAAACUUUAAAAGUUUUCGAAAGGUGAAACCCUAGCCCAACCACAACGUUGAAGAUUUUCUACUUGUUUAUUUCCUAUUAAUUACUCCAAUACUUAUGUUGGUAAUUACGGUAGAAUGAUGUUAUAAACUUGGUAGUUGCAAAAACACGAUACGUAAAUUUUCUAAGGCUCUAAACUCAGUGUGAAUAUGUGAUUGUGAAAAGUAUAUACGUAGAGAAAUUGAAUAUAAAAGGUAAUCUAAUACGUACGAAGUAUAUUUGUUAUACAUAAAUGUAUUUUUUAAAAUAAUAAGUAUUAUUGAAUAUUAAUACGAGAUAUA